GCUGAAACAAUAUUGUGAAAAUAAAAAUUAGUAAUUAGCAGGCAUUGUAUUAGAGGGAAACUUUUCCCUCCUCUUCCCUCACACGCGAAUGACACAGAACAGAUCCGCCUUUUUUCCUGUUUCUCCUGAAGGAGAAAAAUGAAAACAAUCGAAGACUCAAGGCCUUGACUCCUAAACCCAUAAUGUUAAACGACAAUGAAGAUGAAGAUCCAUGGCUAGCCCCUGACAAGCUCUAUCACCUUAUUUUUUGUCUCUUUCUUACUUUCUUCUUCUCCAAAUUAGCCUCUCUUACCCGCUACCCCUUUCUCCGUCGCCACUCGGUAUUAAUAGGAUCUAUUAUCUCCCUUUCAGCUGGCGCCGCCAAGGAGGCCGCCGACCACCUUGGCCUCUUCCCCUCCGCCGGCGCCUCCGCCAAGGAUGCAGCUGCCGAUCUACUGGGUGUCCUCAUAGCUGCAUUAGCACUGUGGGUAGGUAAAAGUAAGGAUGGAUCCGACUCGAUUCCGGGACUGACCCGACGUGUUUUGCCCGUUUGAGGGGAUUAGCUUUGUGGGGUUUGAUGUUUAGGGAGCAGAUUGGGUAUUUGUGGAGUUAACUUGAGGUUCUAGUGGAAAAAGUUCUCUUCUUGUUAGGUUGACGAGAAAGUGAAGGAAGAGAAAUGAAAUUGUGUGUGUCUCGUAGAGACCGCAAAAGCAGUAGACAAAGGUUAGUUUCUUUUAUUUUUUGGAACACUAUUUUUGUUUUAGGAUUCUUUGAUCUUAUAAUAUAUCCAAACUUAUGUAAAAAUUUUAUGAGAUUACAGAUUGUAUUGAUUGUCACUGGAAUUUUUCUUUUUAUCA